GACAUAUUAUUAUGGUUCAAUCAUUCAAAUUUCAUUUGAUAAAUUUUAUUGCUUUACAGAUUAGUGGUUCGUUGACGUCUUCAAUAUGUAAAUUAUGCCGUAGUUGGUUCGUUCUUUAACUCGAGUUACUUAAUACGGUGCAUACAUAUGUUUAAGAGUUGAAAGAAAUUUCGCGUUUAAGAUAUAGUGCCGUAAAGAUUUUAAGAAACAGAACAUGUCUCAUAUUUGCAAUCCAGUGGGUCAUAAAUUUAUCCCGGUUGAAAUUCAAGAGAAUGAUAUUUUUACUGGAAUAUUGAAAAUUCUUUCAUUUUUAAGACCAGAAUGGACUCCGGAAAAUAUUAAAUUCAAGGUUUUUACUGAUGGGAUUACGAAUAAGCUUGUCGCUUGCCAACUUAAUGCUGAACAAGUCGGCGAAAACAAAAUAGUGCUUGUAAGAAUUUAUGGAAACAAAACAGAUUUGCUAAUAGAUAGAAAUGCUGAAGUCCGAAAUAUUACAGUUCUUAAUAAAACUGGGUUGGCUCCGCAAAUUUAUGGUGUUUUCAAAAAUGGUUUAGCAUAUGAAUACUAUCCUGGAGUUACUCUAAGCCCAAAUACGGUGAUUGAUUCAAAAAUAUCAGGUCUUGUUGCAAAGCAAAUGGCGAAAAUGCACAAAAUUGAACUUGGAAAGGAAAUAAAAAAAGAACCUAUGGUAUGGGAUAAAACAGAACAAUUUUUAAGUUUAAUUCCAGAGAAGUUUACAGAUGCUAAUAAACACGAAAGAUUUGCAAGUAGCUUUGGAUCACUAACAAGAUUGAGGAUAGAAUAUGAGCGUUUAAAGUCGCUCUUAAUAAAAACUGAGAGCACGAUAGUGUUUGCUCACAAUGAUUUGCUUCUAGGAAAUGUGAUAUACAAUGAAUCUAAAGGGAAGAUUUCGUUUAUAGAUUAUGAAUAUGCUUCAUAUAAUUAUCAAGCAUUUGAUAUAGCAAAUCAUUUCAACGAAUUUGUUGGUAUAUCUAUUGAUGAUAUCGAUUAUAAUCGGCAUCCCAGCAAAGAUUUUCAGAUGAACUGGAUCGAAAAAUAUCUUGUAGAAUAUUUGGAAAACGAAUCGCCGCCUUAUUCAGAUAUUGAAAAACUUUAUAAGGAAGUGCAACAACUUUCGAUAGCUUCCCAUUUCAUGUGGGGUGUGUGGUCUCUGGUGCAGUGCGAAUUAUCGGAUAUUAAUUUUGAUUUUUGCAGAUAUGCCGAAAUACGACUUAACAGGUAUUACGAACAAAAGGACGCCAUCUACAAAGAAUUACUGUGAUGAAGGCUCAUAAGUUUAAUUGGUUAUUAAUAUAUGGGAAUAUUAUUUUAUAAGAAAAUAACAUAAUAUAUUAAGUGACGUAGUGAAUAAAUCUUUGAUUAUAUAUCGUCUAGAUAAUAGAUUAAGAGUCCGUGAAAGCCAGAUAUACGUCCAAACUUCAUAGUUGCCAGCCGUUUCUAUAUUGGUAUCGUGAACAUUCCGCAGUAAAACGUUCAUCUUUCAUAUUAUGACGUAGGUCUGGGGUUAACCGACUCCCGCUCUGUAAAGUUUCAUCUUGAGACAAGUGACGUGUACUUGUAUGUUGUAGCUUUGAUAAUAUGUGUAUGUGAAAACACUGUUGUGCAUUGGCGUAGGCUGUAUAUAUGUACGAUAGGUAUACAAAUGUGUAACAUUUCACCUUGAAAAUUGAGAAAUUUGUACGUGCAUGUUGAAUUGUAAUAUAUCUUAAACGUUAAUUAAGAAGAGAGAGAAAACAAAUAAAUUGUAAAUAGCUCAUAUUCGAUCUUGUAACUAUUAUAUUGAAAUAAUAAUAAAAGGAAUAUAAUAUACAAGAUAUAAUAAAAAGUUCUGUAUAUAUAUUCGGGGGUUCUGUAUAUAUGAUCAGAUUAAAACAGCGAUUGAAAUCGACGAACCGAAAUAGACCCACUGGUCUUUAUGCGAAAUUCAGUGGGACAGUACAAUAUUUUGCUGAUUUUUGCUCGCAAUGAAGUUGUUGAUUUGCGACUUGCGCAUAUUUUUUGUUGACCAAAUUUAUAAACAAAAUAUUUGUUUUAUGCAAUUUAUUAAUCUCAUUUAGAU